UUCUCUGUCUCUCUCUCUCUCUCCACCUCUUUCUCUAUCUCUCCUCUCUAUUUUUUUUUUCCUUUUUCUCUCCCCCAAAUUAUAUAAAAUCCACCACAUCAAAGAUUCGUUUUCGUACGCGACGCCCCGACUUUGAUUCUCUCUCUUUUGGUUUCUUGAUUUCUCUCUUCUCUAAUCUUAUAUUACACCACCUUUGGAUUAAAUCAUUUUUUGUUCAAACACAUAAUUAAACUUUUAAUUCUAUUGUUGUUUGUUUUUCUUUUAUGUAUAUAUAUAUAUAUACAGUUUAUUCUUUUUGUGAUUCUGGUUAGAUCCUUUAUUCUCUUCUCAUAUUCUUCUUCUUGUUGGGUUCGGAUCCGUCUAAUGCUUUCAGAACAAAACCCCCUUCUUUUUAUUGAUAAUUAUCAUCAUUAAGCAAUAAUAACAGCCAAAAAAGAAAGUAACCAUCUUGUUUAAAGAAAAUGGAUUACGCAGAGAAGAUGCAGAGGUGUCAUGAAUAUGUAGAAGCAUUAGAAGAAGAAAAGAGAAAGAUUCAGGUGUUUCAGCGCGAGCUUCCUUUGUGUUUAGAGCUUGUAACUCAAGCUAUUGAGGCGUGUAAAAGGGAGUUAUCUGGUACGACGACGGAGUAUAUGCAUGGGCAAUCCGAGUGUUCCGAGCAGACAACGUCGACUGAUGGAACUGCAAAUGGAACUGGGACUAGAUCCCUGGUGCUCGAAGAAUUUAUUCCUAUCAAAAGGAUUAAUUCUUCUUCUCAUAAUGAUAAUGAUAAUGAUGACGAUAAUGAGAACGAAAAGGAAGACAACGAUGAUGAUGAAGAAGAAGAAGAUCAAGAUUCGCAUAAGCCAAAUAAAAGUAUCAGAGACAUUAACAAUGAUCAAAAGAAGAAAUCUGAUUGGCUUAGAUCUGUUCAGCUGUGGAAUCAAUCUUCCCCAGAUUCAGAACCUCCAAAAGAGGAUUUGCCUAGAAAGGCAGCGGUGACGGAGGUGAAGAGAAAUGGGGGAGCAUUUCAGCCAUUUCACAAAGAGAAAGGUAUUGCCAAAACCCCUCCUUCAGUGCCUGCUUCGGCUACUAGUUCGUCGGCCGAGACAGGAACAGGAGGAGGGACUAGUGGUGCUGGAAACAACAGAAAAGAAGAUAAAGAUGGCCAAGCUCAAAGGAAACAAAGGCGAUGUUGGUCACCGGAAUUGCACAGACGCUUCUUGCAUGCCCUUCAACAGCUUGGUGGUUCACAUGCAGCAACACCAAAGCAAAUUAGAGAACUAAUGAAGGUGGAUGGACUGACUAAUGAUGAAGUUAAGAGCCAUUUGCAGAAAUACCGAUUGCAUACAAGAAGACCAAGCCCCACAAUUCACAACAACAGCAAUCCACAAGCACCACAAUUUGUGGUUGUUGGGGGCAUAUGGGUGCCACCACCAGAAUAUGCCGCCGUGGCUGCAACAACAGCAUCGAUGGAAACAGUAACUACAGCCGCAGCCAAUGGCAUCUACGCCCCUGUGGCUGCACCACUGGGCACCAUCCCCAAGCAGCAACGUGCCCAAUCUCAGCACUUGCAGUCAGAAAGAAGAGGUAGUCAUAGCGAACGAUCUAAUUCCCCUGCUACAUCUUCCUCCACGCAUACCACAACAAACUCCCCCGUCUUUUGAUUAUAUGAUGUGAUAAACACGAGAAUGAUGUAAAAUUUUGUAACCAAAUAAUAUGAAAAGAGAAAAGGCCUAUUACAUGACAUAGAGCUUUCUUUUUUAAAAGAAUUUUUUUUCUUCUUCUUAAACUUUUGUUUGUUGUAAUCGGAUUGUGAGAAAGAAGACAACCUUGAAUAACGAGUCCUUGGAUCUUCUUCAUGCA